AUGUCCCAAAUAUCAAUUCUCGAUCUGCCGCCCGAGAUUCUCAGCCAGAUCUUCUCGAUCUGCGUGCAAGACUCGCGACACAUCCCCACCGCCAUCCUCCUCACCUGCCAGCGAUUCUACCGCCUCUCCCUUCCCAUUCAGUAUCACGACCUCAAGCUUUCUUUUCCCUGCCAAUUACGAGUCAUAUGCCUGCACCGGGCUCUGCAGUCGAACCAGGCCUUGGCCUUACUCGUUCGGUCUUUAGUCCUGGACCUUAGACCCAUAUACCCCGCUGAAUAUAUCACAAUAGACGACUACACAGCGGCAGCCGACGUCCUCACUUGGUGUCGCGCGGUCCGCACCCUGAAGAUCUGGGGCGUGGCAUUCCUCGCGCCAAAAGACAGGAUAUACUCACGGACUGAGGCUGUAUCGGGGCAGAUAAUUGACCUCAGUCGAUGGGAAAUUCUUAAAUAUGCUCUCCGGAAGCUCCCCGCCCUGAGACGGAUCGAGUUGGCAACGGAACCGGAUUCGCCCGUCUAUGGGUUUGAUUGUCGCUUCGACUGUCAGCUACAGGGGUACGGGGAGCUACAAACAUUACCGGGCACUGGUACGAAAGUUUUCAAAGCGAUUAUCAAGAGGGCGCGCAAGUGUGCUGUUGCACUACAGCCCGAGCUGGUACAGAGUGAUGUGAUUGGGCCUCGUCAGCCACGUCCGGUCCCCAGCCACCCGGUCGACUUUUGCAUCGCAUUUGGGUCGGGAUACGCGACUAAGAUGGCCGCGGAAGCAAUCGUCGACGUAAACAUAAUCAACGGCUGGUUGAAGGCGCAUCCGCACGUGCUACGACGUAUAAUUCUUGGGCAUUCCCCACUCGCCGCCGAGUUUCACGCGGCGCGCUGGCGCACGGUCUCCUGUCCCGAAUCGCAGACACGAUCAUGCUCUUCUGGCCACGGGUUCGCUCCUCCCUCCACGAUAGCCGAGCGACUUUUGAGUCCAGCUGUGCACACGUUCGUCUGGAACCUAUCCUUUUAUGAGGUGACGUGCGAAGAUUUCGGGGAACGGGAAGAGGACUGGCUGCGUAAAAUGGCCGGAUUUAUUGUCGCCGCCGCUCCGCCGGCGCUGCGGACGAUCCAGCUCGACUUUGACCCCGACCCGCAUCAUUUCCUGCCCACCAACCCGGAGGAGUAUCCAUGGGACCGAAUCACACGACUGGAGCAGGAGCUGCGGGUUUUGGGGUUAGAAUUGAAGUAUACACCCCCGAGUGUCACGCGAGAAGAGUAUGAAGAGCUUUGCCGCAUGAGCCAGGGGAAUGACGAUGAAUGGAGCGACACGGCCAUAGCCUAG